AAAGGCUCUUAUUAAUGUUAGCAGUGGUUCACCAUAGACUCUUGUGCAAACACCAAAGAAAAAUAGUAACUACUUAUACCUUCAACUACUACUAAUUUUUCAAUGCAUCAUCCUAAAAAUAUGUCUAGAGGUAUAGGGGGAGAUGAUGUUGUCGCGCAACAACUCCAACGACAACAGAGGUAUGGGCGAGAUAGAAGAAAGCAACGGGGCGACAACACAAGGGUGGUAGAGGGGGUUGGUGGAGGAGAAGAGGAGGACACAAAAAGAAUAAGAAUAUUUUAAUCAGUCUCCUCGAUCCUAUUUUGUAAAAGUAUAAAAUUAGUAAAUUGUUUUUAAUGCAAAAUGGCUAUUAGUGUAAGUAGUAGUAGUUCACCAAAGAUUCCUGUGUAUAUAUACACCAAGGAAAAAUGGUAGUUAACUAUUUGUACAUUCAACUGCUCCUACUUUAUUUAUGCAUCAUGCUAAUAAUAAUAUAUGUAUGCAAUUUGGAGAAGAUGCUAUCUCACAACAACUCCAACUAUUGAUUUUCCAUAUACUUAUUAAAGCACAAGCACUCUCACCCAAUUCCUUGAGAAGCACUGUUCCUCACAUUUCUCUAUGGCUUCUCUAAGUUCCUUCAUAUGCCACCACCACCACCUCUUGCUCUUCCUCUUCGCCGCCGUCGUCGCCGCGGCGGUGUUUACUACAAAAGCCGUCACCGCCGACGACAACAUGACCCACCUGCACUUCUACAUGCACGACAUCCUCGGCGGGUCGAACCCGACCGCCAUCGAGAUCGUCAAGGGCCCCGUCGCGCUGCCUUCCGUCCCCGGCGUCAACUUUGGUAACCUCAUCGCGAUCGACGACGCCUUGACGGAGGGCCCCGAGCUCUCGUCGAAGCCCGUCGGCCGGGCCCAAGGGUUCUACAUGUCAACUGCUUUUCAGGAGGCGUCGUUGCUCAUGUCGGUCAACUUUGUGUUGGCCGCCGACGGGCCGUAUAACGGCAGCGUGGUGUCCGUUCAGGGGCGCGACCCGAUCGCGGCGCCUGUCAGGGAGCUGUCGGUUGUUGGCGGAACCGGGCAGUUUCGGAUGGCCCGUGGGUACGUGCUUUGGAAGACGUACGAUGGCAACGCCACCAACGGUGACGGAGUCUUGGAGCUCGACGUCUACGUCACGACAGACUCUGGUAGACGCGCGCCGUCAACGACACCAACGGCGAUAACGCAAUCACCUGCGGUGCAUCAAUCUUCGAAAUCGACGUCAACGUCACUACGAAGUGAAUUUGUCAUCCUGCUGAUCUCGAUUACCAUAUGUGCAUUUUUGCUUUAAUAUUUGGCUUGUUCGAGUCUGUUGGAGUUUGAUAGUAAGAAAUGGAAUUAAUGACAGAUCACUAAAGGAUUUAUGAUUGAUGUAAUUGAUCAGCUCUGAAAGACGUAUGUUGUCAACCGGCAACACAAUCCUGGAGCUGGACGUCUAUUUUACAACGAAGUGAGUCUGUCAUUCAUCCCAUCUCGAUAUUCAAAUCCCACCAUUUGUUUUUUUUAAUUUAAAUAUUUAGUUUUCUUAGAGAGCUGCGGAGUUUGAUAGUAAAAAUAGAAUGGAUGGCGGAUAGAUAGAUGGUAUAUGGUUGAUGUGGUGGAGCCAGGUCAACAUCUACUUUGCGUUCAACCAUUUUGUUAAUAAAAGCAUGGUCAUAAGUUUGUUGGUUUGUU